AUGCGCGUUUCAACCCUGUUUGGUGCAUCAGAUGGUGGUACAGCUGGCGCUGCAUUCGCCGCUACUGCGGUUGCUGCACUACAUACUGCGGAUGCUGUGAACUUGUGUCUUCAGAGCUGCCUCUACGGAGGCCCAGGCCCAGCGUCCUGCAGCGGCAGCCUCAGACAACUGAAGGCCAGCCCUUCGCAGCGAAGUCUCAACGCACCAAGUUCAGCAACAGCCGGAUGGCCCACCCCAGGGAGCAGCAGAGCCCGCGGCUUCCAAGACCCGGCUGAGGAGCUACCGAGGCUUCCAGCAGCAGCAGCAGCAGCUCCAUCAAGUGCAGCAGUAGCAGCAGCGGCGCCGGCUGCACAGGCAGGUGCAGCUGCUGUGUUAUCAUGCCAAGCCCACAAGCGCAGCUGCUUGGUGCGGCACCUGAUAGACAGCAGGCUGUACUUGGUGAAAGAGUUGUUUUUCUUUAUUCCCCACUCGCUGCUGCAGCGUGCGAAGGCGGGAGCUGCCGCACUGCAGCAGCAGCUCCUGCAACAGGAUUCGCCACAACAGCAGCAGGAGGAGCAGCAGCAGCGAGAACGCCAUAAGAAGAAGAAAGGCAAGAAAAAACACAAACUGCAAUACACAAGGGUUUAUGACGACUUGCCCCAGCUGCAACAGCGCCAGCAGGAACGGGAGCAGCAGCAGAGGUUGCUCCAGCAGCAGCAGGAGGAGCAGGAGAAGCAAAUGCAGCUGCAACAGCAGCAACAGCAGCAGCAACGCUGGCACAUAUCCGGGCUGGACGUUGUUGCGGAUGCUGAGAGGGUACUGCACGAGGUUGCCAUGCUUUGCACGCUGGAGCACCCUUUUCUAAUGCGAUAUCACCAGUGCUGGUCACAGCUGGUGCACAGACCUCUGAGGACACCAACAAGCCCGACGCCUCCCCAUUCAACUCACGGGGUUCCUGUACCAGCAGCAGCAGCAGCUGCUGCUGCUGUUGCUACCCCUGGUGUUGCAGCUGCUCCUACAGCUGCAUUCACCGCAUCCUGUGCUGGUGCUGCUGUGCAAGAUGAAGCUGCUGCAGGGACGGCAUCACUGCAAUGUAGGAGUAGGGAACUCGCAGGCGAAGGGGAAGGAGCGCGUGGACGCACAGCGGAAGCAACAGACGCGGCGAUUUCAACUUCAACUGCUGCGGCAACUGCACCAGCAGCUCGAGAGGACCAGACGCAGCUUUCCGUAUUCGUGCAGAUGGAAUAUUAUGAAUUGACUCUACAGAGGCUCACAAAAGAGGGGAGAACCCUCCGAAUCGCUGACGUCUGGAGGCUUUUUACGCAGGUAGGAGACUUUGGGCUGCACCAGCUGCUGCCGCUGUCUCCAGAUAGCCCCUGUGCCUCAUUCGUAGCCCCUGAAGUCCUUAGAGGUCUCCCAUUUACAGACAAAGCCGACAUGUACUCAAUUGGGAUGCUGUUUCUGGAGCUGUGGCUGCUGUGCCCUGUGGUGGCUCGGUUGAUAAGUCGGGAGGCUAUACGCACAAACUUCAAGGGCUACAUGCCCCCUCGGGCCGUGACCAUAGCCGAGUUGCUGCUGCAAGAAGACCCACAGAAACGCCCGACCUCGCUGCAGCUGCUCCAAUCUGGGGCUCUGCCGCCUGCAGUGGACGCUGGCCUCUUUGAAGCCUUUUUGCUUCGCUUGGGGGGUUGUUCUACUGCUGAAGAUGAGGAAGCAGCUGCAUCUGCUGCCGCUGCACCGUCCUCAUCAGCGGUCACCAGUCCAGCACUCGCAGCAUCGGCUCCUGCUGCUCUCCCAGGGUCACUGGCACAGCAGCAGCAGCAGCAGCCGCAGAACCCCCAUAAUGCAAGGCUGUAUUCUGCUGCCGCGGUAGAUGGUGCGACACCCGCAGGAAAUCAGAGUGCAGGGGCAGCGGGGACAGGCCCAGGAGUGUCUGCUUCAGCGGCCCGGUUGCUGCAGCAACAUCGCGAGCAGCAACACAGCACCAGCAGCAGCAUCAACGCCCGCGUGCAGCUCACGCGUGAGGUGCUGAACGUUCUCUUUGCCCGGCCUCUUGACCCCCGCAGCCGCCGGGCAUUCUCUGAGGCUUUGUCGGAGACUGCAGCAAAAGCAGCAGUCUCUGGAAGCGCAGAUCAGGUGGCAAGUACCAGGCAGUCUCUGACAUCUGUGCAGCAGGAGAAGCUUCAGCUGAGCGCUGGCAACAGCGGCCUGCGGGGCCUCCUGUGGGGCGCCGCGCUGCAACACUUCCGGGCACAUGGAGGCUGGCAUCAUCUGCUGCCAGUUUUCUGUCCUGCACUAGAGCAGCCCACUGCAACUCUUCUGCCCCUGUCUUGGGAGUUUCGUCGCAUGCGUUCAUGUUGCUACCUGUGCUUUUUGGGCUGCUGGUACUCUUUGUUUCGUGCAGCAGCAACCGGUGUGGUGGCCCUAACAGCAUCGAAUCUGUUGCUUGCGCCUACAGUGCGGCUCUCUUCUGCUUUUGCUGCUCUCGAUGCUGCGGCUGCUUCUGUCGCCCCUCCCUGCUGCAGCAGCUUGCAGCUGCAGCACCCUCCUGCGGCGGUUGCCGCCGCAGCAGGGGCGGCAGCAGCAGUGAGGGCCUUGCCGGGAACAGCUGAGUGGAAUCAGUUUGUGGGCAUGGCAGCAGCGGCAGCAAACGCAACUGCAGUAGCAGCAGCGCUGCAACCGCAGCAGCGCCUGUUGCUAGACGGGGAGAUAUUCAAGCGCUUCUGUGUGGGGCCAGCUUGUGCACCGACACCAGCUUGCUACGUCGAUCCACCUACCAACUCUGCAGCACAAGAUUUUGUUGCCGGAGACCCUGUGUGUGUUGGGCUGCAGCAACAGCAAGGCGAGAGCGGCCGUGGCCCAUUCGGUCAGGUGUUGCCGCAGCUUGCUGGUUGCUUUCAGAUUCUCUACCCUCUGAAGCAGCAGCCGCAGCAGCAACCACAACAGCAACAGCUCGUGCUGCAGGAUCUCUUGCUUCCGAAUGGCUGCGGCGGCUUUCGGGGUAACACUAGCAGCCUUUCUGGCGCAUCUAUGGAGUUUUCAUCCCCAUCACCGCAGCACGAGCACGAGCAGCAGAAACGAGAGCAGAGCGAACAGCAACAUCAGCAACGGAAGCAGGAAGGGGAGCAGCGGGAGCAGCAGCAACAGGAACAGCAGGUUGUAGAUAAGCAGUUGCUGCAGCGCCUGCUAGGUGUCCUGUCUAUCGAUGAGCAGCAGCUUGUUGUUGUUGAGGGGGAGCUGCUUCUUGCUGCAGUCACAUCACUGCACAGCCUCCUGGCUGCUGCUGGCCUUCCUUCUUUUUGCGGCACCAUUGAGUUCGCGCUGCCGCAGCUCCUGCGGCCGCUGCUAGAGCUGUUUUUUUGUAUUCCUCGUGCGGACGUCGAGGAAGCGGUGGUGCAGCUGCUGCAGCACCAGCGCAUGCAGCAGCUCCAGCAGCAGGCAUGUGAAGGCAGCCCGCGGCAGCUGCAGCAGCGUGCCUAUGUGCCUGUGGCAGCGUGCAGCGAAGUCCUAUAUCAGUUGUCCAACUUGGAGGGGGAACACUUAGAUGUUGCAGCUGAGCAGCUGAAACAGCUACUGGCGUUUGCAGGUGAGCCCUCGGAGCUGCUGCUGCUGCUGCACAGUACCCGCGACCGCCUCACAGCGAGCAGGCAGCAGCAGCAGCUGUUGUUGCAGGUGGAGGAGGGUGAAGAGCUUCUGCGUCAGCCGUCCUGGGAAGCCACAACAGCAGCUGCAGCAGCAUCUGAGAUGGAGAAGGAGCUGAGCCACGCCCUGCACCUCUCACUGCUGUUGCAGGCAGCAUCGGACUCUUCAACAGGACGCUGCUGCUGCAUGCGGCUGCUGCUGCAGCCUGAAAGUCUAAACUACGACACCGGGAGGCUUGUCUUUGGUGUGUUUUUAAAUGCCUCCAUCUUGAGGGCCUGCUCGCCCAUUGUUGGUUUGGCCAGCCCUGCAGACACGGUUACUUCCAGGCACCAGCAGCAGCAACACCAGGAGCAACAGCAACAGCAGCAGCCGGUGCUGCGGGACACUCUACCACAGUUUAUGAGAGUAGGUGGUGGCGGGUACAUCAGACCCUUUCAGAACAUGAAUUUCGAUGCAGCAGCUGCAGCUGCAACUAGUAGCAGCACUGCAGCAACGUGUGGUUCAGGUGCUGCAGAGGUCAGCGAGUGUGCUGCUGCAGUGUCUGGCUCCGCAGCAGCGUCAACAACGAGAGAAUUCCCACGCGGUAUUUCUCUUGGGGGGCUGGAGCCCCACAGAAACUUUCUUAUACUGUCCUUUGACCUUGACUUGGAGGCUGUCAUUUCUUUAGUAGCUGGCGCCAAUACAGCACAAGCUGCUGUUGCUGCAGCUGCUGCCCUAAAAGGGCAGCAGCAGCAAAAUCGCAAGGGCAGCGCUUCACGGCCCGUUUCGUCCCUCAAUAUUGCCCCACCGCUAAGCGGACAGGUUAUCGAGGAAGACGGCAGUGAGUCCGCUUCUCAGCAACAGCAGCAGCAGCAGGAACCUCUGCAGCAGAUGCCGCUGCUGCAGCACUUCUCGCUGCGCUGCAGCAGUGACCCUUGCGUUGUCCUGACGACUGCAAGCAGUCGCCUAAUCCCCUUGGGCGUCGCUGUCGCCAACCGCCUAAUACGGCGAGGAGUCCCAUAUGUUGGUCCACUUGCUGCUGCUGCUGCUGUGACUAAGGCGGUUAUGCGGAUUCAGCCUGUCAUUGAAGUGUCGCGGUUUCAAGAAGCUCUUAGGCGGCACCCAUGCGUGAAGUACCAUGCAGUAAUCCAGCAGCAGCAGAAGACCAGCAGCGGCAGGAAGCAUCAGCUGCUGCUGCGGUCUCACCACCUGCUGCAGCAGCAAGAAAGGCAGCAGCAGCAAGAUGGGCCCCCGCCGCAGGCCGCCCACUCCCCUGAAGAUCACCAUUCCUUUUGGCUUAGUUCAAGCAGCAGCCAUUGUAUUCCACUGUCGGUCUGCAGCAGCGACAGAACGUCCGCUGGGGCUUCUUCGCAGGAUGCUGCUGCUGCCGCUGCCCCCGUUAUCUUUAUUCUCACCCAGCUGCACAAGCAGCCUGCAGUCGCCGCAGCGGGUAGCAGCAGCAGACGCAGGGGCAAACCCGUCCGCCACUUAACGGCCCAGGCCCUCAUAUCCGUGCUGGUUGCUGCAGUGGCAGCAGCAAGGCGCUGA